UUUAACUGCCCCUGAAACCCGAAAAGCAUUAACAUAAACGCCGUGUAGACGGUUCAAUCGACAGCACUUCUACUACAGCGUACAAUCAUAGUUCGGCUUUCUCAAACGAGAAUAGCACAGCAAUGACCGCCACCUGGGAGGAACGGGCUGCCGAUAAGAGACACCGGAUCGAGCAGUCGAUUCCGGCGGAAUGGAAGGUCAAGUCCCUUCCCACUGCAGACUCUGUUUUCGAUUUUCCGGAGAAGUCGGGGCUGUUAUCCGAGAAGGAACGGGAAAUCACACAGUCUUCUGCGACGGAUCUCGUGGCGAAGCUGGCGAAGGGAGAACUGAAGUCGGUGGAUGUUACUUUGGCGUUUUGUAAGAGGGCUGCUUUGGCGCAUCAAUUGGUCAACUGUGUUCUUGAAUUCUUCCCGGAAGCCGCCCUGGCGCAGGCGAAAGGGCUCGAUGCAUAUUUUGAGGAGCACAAGAAGCCUGUUGGGCCGCUCCAUGGGCUUCCUAUUUCCCUAAAGGACCAGUUGCGAAUCAAGGGCCUUGAAACAUCCAUGGGAUACGUCUCCUGGCUGGGAAAAUAUGAAACCCGUGAUUCCAUACUCACGGCCCUCCUGCGCAAAGCCGGCGCGGUUUUCUACGUGAAGACAAGCGUCCCUCAAACUCUGAUGGUAUGCGAGACAAUCAACAACAUCACCGGUCGAACUCUUAACCCGCGGAACAAGAAUUGGUCGUGUGGUGGCAGCUCUGGAGGCGAGGGCGCCAUGGUUGGCAUCCGUGGCAGUAUUAUUGGAGUUGGCACUGAUAUUGGCGGCUCUAUUCGGGUUCCCUCUGCGUUCAAUUUCCUCUACGGGAUUCGACCGAGCCAUGGUAGGAUGCCGUAUGGCUACAUGGCGAACAGUAUGGAGGGACAGGAGACCGUCCAUAGCGUUGUUGGUCCCAUUGCGCAUUCUGCUUCGGAUCUGAGACUUUUCUUGACGUCGGUUCUCAGCGAGGAACCAUGGAAGUAUGACUCGAAAGUAGUUCCGCUACCGUGGAGGUCUCAUGAAGAAGAGGCCAUUCGCACUAAACUGCAGUCCGGGGGUCUUACAUUGGGGUUCUUUAAUUGCGACGGAAACGUUCUUCCCCAUCCACCAGUUCUACGAGGCCUUGAUACGGUUGUCUCGGUGCUGAAGAAGAAUGGGCACAGCAUUGUUCCCUGGACACCAUACAAACAUGACUUUGCCGUUGACCUGAUCUACGGAAUUUAUUCUGCUGAUGGAAGCACGGACGUACUACGAGACAUCAACGCCUCUGGAGAGCCCGCUAUUCCAAACAUCAAAGAUCUCCUCAACCCGAGCGUCAGGAAAGCCGACCUAAACGAUGUCUGGGAUGUGCAACUCCAGAAAUGGAAGUAUCAGUGCGAGUAUCUCGACAAAUGGCGUGUGCUAGAGGAAGAGCUCGGCAAGGAGCUCGAUGCCAUCAUAGCGCCCAUCACCCCGACUGCUGCUAUUAGACACAACCAGUUCCGGUACUAUGGCUACGCUUCGGUGAUCAACUUGCUGGACUUCACCAGCGUCGUGGUUCCUGUGACGUUUGCGGACAAGACUAUCGAUGUGAAGAAUGAGGAGUAUAAGCCGUUGAACGAGCUGGAUGCGCUGGUCAACAAGGAGUAUGAUGCGGAGGCGUACCAUGGCGCCCCCGUAGCGGUGCAGAUUAUCGGGAGGAAGUUGAGUGAGGAACGGACAUUGGCGAUUGCAGAGGAAAUAGGAAGGCUAUUGGGUAACUCUGUGACACCUUGAAAUAGCAUUUUGACGUUUCCGGGGUUUGGUUCAUGGUGGAGGUAUUCCUCAAUUAUCCUUGUUUCCAUGAAAUGAUACUUUUCACAGGAAUAUUGUAUCGCUUGAUCGUUUCUAUCAGCUAUGGGCCAUAGACCAACCACACUGUCUCGAAACUAGCUGUAAAAUCAGGGUUACGAUAUAGACCACGUAUAAGAACGCCCGGAAGGAAUG